AUGAGCGAGUUCGAGUUCAGCAGCAUGCAGAUGGAGUACUUUCAAACUCCUGACACUGUGAUAGACCCUAGUUUCUGUGGGCUUGUGACUGAAUCUGACAGAAGGUACAUCCUGCAUAGGCAGAGGGCGGGCAAGUUUGUGGCAUUUGAAGGCACUGACACUGGCAGGAGAUUCAUAGGAUGUGCUACUGAGGAUGGUGUGAACUGUGGUAUUCUGGAGUGGGUAGAUGCCCCCUGGCCUGUAAUUCUGCAAAGGUGCUUAAGCAAGCUCUGGGAUAUGUAUCAUGAGCAGAACCUUGGUAGAGCCCAGGAUAAUGAGGCUCAUGGGAUAGAGGAUGGAAUCAAAUCUCAUGACAUGGAUUGCACAAGCCAGGCAAUCAAUGAACUGAAGGAGAAGAAGAAGCAACUUGAGGAGCAGGCAAAGAUUGAGCUUCAAAUGGAGAAGCUUAAGCUCAAGAAAGAACAAAGGUGCAUCCUUCAGAGUCAAGCUGAUAUAAUCCAAAACACAAGGAAGGCCAUGAAGGAGCUAGAGGUGGAGAAAGAUCUCCUUAAAGAAGAGAAGAAGAAGCUGGAGAAUGUCAUUGCUGAGCUCCUUAAGGUUGGUCAUGGGUGCAAGGAAAAGCUGGACAAGAUAAAGGAAGUUGUGAUGGAGGAGUGA